AUGGGCGACACAGCUGCCAACGGCUCGUCGCCGUCACCGCACAGACAAACAACACAGGGCACGACGCUCGCGGCGCUGCCCAAGUCGUGGCAUUUCACGGCGUCGCUGCCGGCAGACCCGAUGUUCCCCACACCCGCCGACAGCCACAAGACGCCGCGCGAUGAGAUCUUGGCCCGCCAGGUUCGCGGUGCACUGUUCACCUGGGUGCGCCCCGAGCAGCAAAAGGACCCCGAGCUGCUGGCCGUGUCGCCCGCCGCCAUGCGCGACCUCGGCCUGGCCCUGUCCGAGGCCGCCACCGGCGGCUUCCGCCAGACGGCCGCCGGCAACAGGUUGCACGGCUGGGACGAGGAGAGCGGCAGCGGCGGCUACCCGUGGGCGCAGUGCUACGGGGGUUUCCAGUUCGGCGACUGGGCCGGCCAGUUGGGUGACGGGCGUGCCAUCAGUCUGUUCGAGGCCACCAACCCGACGACAAACGUGCGGAACGAGGUGCAGCUCAAGGGCGCCGGCAUGACGCCCUACAGCCGCUUCGCUGACGGCAAGGCCGUGCUACGGUCCAGCAUCCGCGAGUUCGUCGUCAGCGAGUACCUGCACGCCCUCGGCAUCCCCACCACACGCGCCCUGGCCCUCACCCUGCUGCCCCACAGCCGCGUGCGCCGCGAGACGGUCGAGCCCGGCGCCAUCGUCGUACGCUUCGCCCAGACCUGGCUGCGCUUCGGCACCUUUGACCUGCUGCGCGCCCGCGGCGACCGCCCCUUGCUCCGUCGCCUCGCCACCUACGUGGCCGAGGACGUCUUUGGCGGCUGGGACAGGCUGCCGGCCCGGCUAGAGGGCACCGACGUCGCCAAGCCGUCCGAGGCGGCCGCUGCCUCCCCCGGCCGCGGGGUGCCCGCGAACGAGCUGCAGGGUCCCGCCGGCAGCGAGGAGAACCGGUUCGCGCGGCUGUUCCGCGAGAUUGUGCGGCGCAAUGCGCUGACGGUGGCCAAGUGGCAGGCGUACGGGUUCAUGAACGGCGUGCUCAACACGGACAACACGUCCGUGUUCGGGCUGUCGAUGGACUACGGGCCCUUCGCCUUCAUGGACAACUUCGACCCGACCUACACCCCCAACCACGACGAUCACUUUCUGCGCUACAGCUACCGUAACCAGCCCACCAUCAUCUGGUGGAACCUGGUGCGCCUGGCCGAGGCCCUGGGCGAGCUGCUGGGCGCCGGCGGCGACGUCGACGACGCCACCUUCGUCGCCGAGGGCGUCAAGGACGACGCCGCCGCCGCGCCCCUCGUCGCCCGCGCCGAAAAACUCAUCGACCAGGCCGGCGAGGAGUACAAGACCGUGUUCCUGGGCGAGUACAAGCGGCUGAUGGCGGCGCGGCUGGGCCUGCGCACGCAGCGCCCGUCCGACUUUGACGACCUGUUCAGCAGCCUGCUCGACACGCUCGAGGCCCUCGAGCUCGACUUCAACCUCUUCUUCCGCCGCCUCAGCACGCUGCGCGUCGCCGACCUAGCCACGCCCGCCGACCGCGAGACCCACGCCGCCCGCUUCUUCUACGCCGACUACUUCACGUCGCCCUCCACCUCACACACCGCCGACGAGCAGCUCGCCGCGCGCCGCCGCGUCGCCGACUGGCUGGACCGGUGGCGCGACCGCGUCAUCGCGGACUGGGGCACGCUGGAGGGGUGGGGGUCGGCGGGGCCCGAGAGCGCGCACGGCGGCGUGCCUCCGGAGCGCGACGCCGAGCGCAUCGCCGGCAUGAAGGCUGUCAACCCAAACUUUGUGCCGCGCGGCUGGGUGCUCGACGAGCUGAUCCGCCGCGUCGAGAAGGACGGCGAGCGCGACGUGCUGCGCCGCGUCGUCCACAUGGCCCUGCACCCGUUCGAGGACGUCUGGACCGGCCAGACGCCCGACGAUACUAAAGAGGGUGGCGGGGGUGUAUACCAGGGCGACGCCGACGAGGAGGUCGGGUGGACUACCGACGUGCCGAGGAAAGGGAGGGCCAUGCAGUGUAGUUGCAGCUCAUAG